UUUUUAAGGAAAAAAGAAAAUCAAUUUUAACUCGUGCUGGUGUCUCGUGGGCCAUAAGCAACGCCAUGCCCGUCAAGUACUGAAGUACGAAAACCUCAGCUAGGGACAGCAAAACCUUGACAAAAUCGCAGAGACAAACGCAAUCUCUCUAGCAUUUCAUCGACGGAUCGCUCCAGCAAUGGAUUUGCUUGCAGAAUUCACACUUGCCGAGAUAGUGGAAAUGGAGAAUAUAUACAAGGAGAUAGGGGCAGAAGCAUUAGAUCCAGAUUUUUGCCAAAGGCUUGCAACAAGCUUUAGUUUCGCGCCAAAUCGUGCUGGAAAGCCAGCAACAACAUGGGAACAGGUGCAAAGUUGGUUUGAAGAUAGACAAAAGGAAUCACUGCUUAAAGUCGCUCCUCCAUCUGUGGCUCUGAAACUAUUUGUUGAUCUUUCUGAUGCAACUCUUACUGAUGCAACUUUUCCAAAUGAUGCUUCUGAAACUUUUCAAAAGUCUAAAGUUAAAAAAGUCACUGAUCUUUCAGACUUGACAUUUGAAGCUAAAUCGUCAAGAGAUUAUGCUUGGUAUGAUGUUAGUGCUUUCCUCAGCUACAGAGUUCUUUACACUGGUGAACUUGAAGCACGUGUACGAUUUGCUGGAUUCCGUAAUACAGAUGAUGAGUGGGUGAAUGUAAAGAAGGCAGUGCGUGAGCGAUCUAUUCCUUUAGAACCUUCAGAAUGCCACAGGGUGAAAGUUGGAGAUCUUGUACUGUGCUUUCGGGAACGCCAAGAACUAGCAGUCUACUGUGAUGCCCAUGUGGUAGGAGUCCAGAGGCGAUCACAUGAUGCAAGGGACUGUGGGUGCAUCUUUGUGGUUCGCUACGAGUAUGAUGGCAUGGAGGAAAGUGUUCAGUGGCAGAGGUUAUGUCGCAGACCAGCACAAUAAUUUCUGGGGGCGCUGGUCAAAUUCAAGAAGCUGUACUGAUCAGAUGAGAAGGAGAAUAGAAAAAUUCUUUCAUUAUGAAGAUAAAAUGUUCUUAAACUCAGAACAUUGAUGUAGUUUAGCCAGUGUGGUAAAACUGUUGGCAAUCGGCAAUUAAAAGGUUUAAAAUAAGUUCCCAUAGAUAAGAAUC